AUGUUAUGGAAAAAGAGAAAAAUACAGCCAGAACCAUUGAAAAUAUCGAUAUUGUUUGCUACAAAAUGUAUCUCAGCCUCACUUUAUAUCCUAGUCCAAAUAUUGAGAGUUAUGUAUUAUUUUUUACCAUCGAGAUCAAUUACACAAGAACAAGGAUUUGUUACGUUUAUCACACCCAUACUUGUAAUUAUUACAGUGUUACACGGUCUAUGGUUAAUGAACAAUGAGCGUACCAAAGGAAUGUUUUGUUCGGGUUUACUAUUUUCAUUUUGGUUACUAUCAACAGUGGCCAUUAUACCAGAUUUAGUCAUUUAUACAAUCGAAUUUAAACGAGAUAGAUUUUUAUUAAAAGAAUUAGCUCGUGUUUGGAUACAAUUUUCACUCUCAUUACUGUUAUUUAUAGCAAACUGCUUUGCCGAACCUCAUGACUUUCGAAAAACAUCUGGAAAAAACAUUUGUCCCGAACUCUAUGUUAGUUUUCCAUCUCGAAUUACUUUCUGGUGGGUUACGAAAGUAGUUAUUCGAGGUUACAAACGUCCUCUAAUAGAAGAUGAUUGUUGGGAUUUACAUUUAUCAGAAAAAGCAGUUAAUGUUGUUGAAAAAUUACAAUAUUAUUGGAAUAGAAAAUUAUUAAAUUUUAUCCAUAACCCGUCACAACCUGUAUGGCUUGGUAUAUUUUAUGCUUGUCUGUUGGGCUUAGUUGUAUUUGCUCAAACAUUAUUUUCACAAGCCUCUUUUCAUCGACAAUUUGUUGUUGGGCUCAGAUUUCGUUCAGCUAUCACUGGAAUCGUUUAUAGAAAAAGUUUAAAACUAUCAAAUUCAUCGAAACAAACGACUACUACCGGUGAAAUUGUUAAUUUGAUGACUAUAGAUGCUCAAUGUUUUCAACAAUUGGCAUUUCAUAUUCAUGAUUUAUGGUCGGGUCCAGUGCAGAUAACUCUUGCUCUUUAUUUACUCUAUAAUCUAAUGGGUUAUUCAAUUAUACCCGGUGUAGUUUUAUUAUUAAGUAUGAUACCAAUUAAUAUACUUAUGCAAAGAAUGCAAAAGACGUUAAUGGUAUUGAAAUUGUAUGCCUGGGAGCCGGCGUUCAUUCAUCGUAUAUCGGAUAUACGUGAGAAAGAGUUAUUAUGUAUUCGUAAAAAGGCGAUUGUUGGCGCUAUAUCGGCACUUAUUGGGACAUUUACACCGAUAUUGAUUUGCAUAACAACAUUUGCCGUUUACGUGUUAUCAAAUAAAAAUAAUGUGUUGGACCCUUCAAUAGCAUUUGUGGCUGUAUCUCUACUUCAUUUGUUAAGAGUUCCAUUAGUAGCACUCCCAGGAAUUAUCGCUAACAUUGCAGAUGCUCUUGUAUCCGAUGAACGUAUAUCAAAGUUUCUUUCAAACGAAGAAAUUGACGAAGAAGCUGUACAACGAGUUUCUUGCAGUGAUGAUGAAAAUGUAAUUAGAAUUGAAAAUGGUUCAUUUUUAUGGACGUCAAAUGAACAACGCGGAUUAAUAUUAAAAAAUAUCAACAUGUGUAUACGAAAAGGCUCAUUGUGUGCGAUCGUCGGCAGUGUAGGUAGUGGUAAAUCGUCAAUAUUAUCCUCAAUAUUAGGUGAAAUGAAUAAAGUUGAAGGUCAAGUAAUAGUUAAUGGUCGUGUAGCUUAUGUACCACAACAUGCAUGGAUUAUGAAUUCAACAUUAAGAGAAAAUAUUUUAUUUGGAAAAGAUUUAAAUGACAAAGAGUAUAUGCAGGUUAUUGAUUCAUGUGCAUUGAAACAAGAUUUAGAUAUGUUACCACAUGGUGAUCAAACAGAAAUUGGAGAAAAGGGUAUAAAUUUAUCUGGUGGGCAAAAACAGAGAGUAUCAUUAGCUCGUGGUAUUUAUAACGAUGCUGAUUUAUAUCUACUUGACGAUCCAUUAUCAGCUGUUGAUGCACACGUUGGAAAUCAUAUAUUUCGACAUGUUAUUGGACCAAAAGGUUUACUAGCAGGAAAAACUCGUUUACUGGUUACUCAUGGCAUAACUCAUUUGCAUAAAUGUGAUGAAAUCAUUGUUGUAUCAAAUGGUGAAAUUGUUGAUCAUGGAACAUACACUGAUCUGAUGAAUACCAGCAAAAUAUUAAAAGAAUUAGUACACGGACAUGUUAUAUCAGAUAAAGCAAAUAAAAGAAGUGAUUCAGAGCCCAAAACUCCUGUAUCACCGAACAUUGAAGAUAUUAUUCGUUUUCCUGAAGGUGAUGUUCAAAAUGCUAAAAUACCUACUGAACAAUAUCAAGGACAGUCGAUACCCCCUGAAGUUGACAAUGAAGAAAAAAGGAAAUUAAUUAAAAAAGAACAAUUAGAAACUGGCAGUGUUAAAUUUACUGUAUUUGCCGUGUAUUUUCGUGCCUGCGGUAUAAUAAUGUGUCUAUUAAUAUUUGCCUUUUUUUGUUUAACAUCUACUGCUAGUUUAUCGGCAAACAUUUGGUUAUCGAAAUGGACAGACGAUGCUGGAAAUGAACAGAACAACACUGGGUUAAGAAUUAAAGGUUUAAUUAUUUACUCCAGUCUUGGCAUUGCUCAAGGCUCAUUGACAUUUAUCAUGCAACUUUUUUCACGCCUCUCGGCUUAUCAGGCUGGUAAAAAAUUACAUUAUGCGAUAUUAAACGGCGUUCUUCGUGCUCCAAUGUCGUUUUUUGAUACGACUCCUCUUGGUCGAAUUGUCAAUCGGUUUUCAAGAGAUAUUGAUUCGGUUGAUUCGUCAUUGCCCAAUUCACUUUCGUCAGCAUUAACUACAAUGGUUUCCGUUGUUGUCACAAUGAUCAUUUUAGUCUAUGGCUCUUAUUUUUCUAUCAUUGCAUUGAUACCAUUAAGCAUCCUAUUCUUCUUUAUACAGUAUCAAAAAGCUCCAGGCAUGUUCUGCGGGCCGUGUCUAGCCAACCUUGCUGCUAAAUCUGUGUUAAUUGAAACUAUUCAAGGUUUAUCAAAUAUUCGAGCGUACAAUGUUCAGCAACGUUUCAUUAAUUUAUCCGAUUAUUUGUUAGACAAAAAUCAAUCAUGUUAUUUAACCAGUUGUCUUACUAACAGAUGGUUAGCUUUCCGUUUAGAGGCUAUAGCGAAUCUUUUGACAUUAUUAACGAGUCUAUUUGGUGUGUUAAUGAGAAACCAACUAUCAGCAGGAACUGUUGGGUUGACGAUAACGUAUGCAAUGCAAACUGCCCAAUCGUUAAAUUUUAUAGUUCGUGUGACAUCUGAAAUUGAAACUAAUAUUGUUAGUGUCGAACGUAUCAAUGAGUAUUCACAACUUGAAACAGAAGCACCAUGGGAAAUUCAAGAUUCAAAACCACCCUCAAAUUGGCCAUCUAAUGGUGAAAUUCAAUUUGUUCAUUUAUCAACACGUUACAGAGAAGGUCUUGAACUUGUUUUAAACGAUUUAACAAUUGAUGUUCAAGCAGGAGAAAAGAUUGGAAUUAUUGGUCGUACGGGCUCAGGUAAAUCAAGUCUUUGUAUUGCUCUAUUUCGUAUGGUUGAACCUACACAAGGUAAAAUUAUCAUUGAUAAUAUUGAUAUUACUCAAAUUGGAUUACAUGAUGUUCGAUUAAAAAUUACUAUUAUACCACAAGAUGCUGUUAUAUUUGCUGGCACAUUACGUUUUAAUUUGGAUCCAUUCGAAACUUAUACUGAUGAAGAAAUUUGGAAUGUAUUAGAACUAGCUCAUUUGAAAAAUCGUGCAUCAACAUUAGAAAAUGGUUUAUCUUAUCAACUGGCGGAAGGCGGUGAAAAUUUAAGUGCUGGUGAAAAACAAUUAUUGUGUCUAGCACGUGCUCUUCUACGUAAAAGUAAGAUAUUUGUACUUGAUGAAGCUACUGCUGCUAUUGAUAUGGAAACAGAUCGAUUAAUACAGCAAACAAUACGUUCAGCAUUUAAAGAUGCAACAGUCUUGACAAUUGCACAUCGUUUACACACAAUAUUAGAUAGUACAAGAAUUCUUGUUCUUUCACAUGGUCGUCAAGUCGAAUAUGACAAACCAAUAGUGUUAGCAUCAAAUCCAAAAUCAGCAUUUAGUAAAUUGUUAUCGGAUGCUGGUAUUUCACCGUCCGAAUUACAUAAAAUGAUUUGA